UUCCCGCACCCCAGCUUCGCCCUGAGCCCCCACCCGCGGGGGCAGAGGGGAGUUCCGUCUCCAGGGCCUUGACCAAGCUGCUGGAAGCUGGCUCCUCUCUGGGGCCGUGUUCAGGGGCUGUGCUGUUGGUGCUGUCAGCUAGUGCCCUGUGCGGGGCCUUUGUCUUUGCUGCUGGUUUAUUCCAAACUAGCUGGUGCUGUCCUCCCCCGAGCGCCUGGUCGGGGUCUGCCGCUGGAGUUCGGAGGCUCCCCCGGGGGCGUGUCUGCGUCAAUGGCACGGACUCUGCCAGAGCACUUUACCAAAGCAAAUGUCCCUUACCCAGGACUAGCGCUGUGGCCCGGUGCUAAGACGGGGGAGUCGGAGCUCCGGUGUCGGGGGGGAGUGGACCAGCUGGAGGGAUCAGGAAGGAAUUCUUCACUCCUGCUCUGAGCCAGACGGCAGCAUCCCCCGGCCCCCGGGCUGACUCGGUUUUCUCCCGCCAGGGGCCCUGGCCCUGGGACGUGGAGCUGAAAUCCCGAGCCCUGAACCCAGGCAGGCUCGGAGCCCUAAUCCCGGAGCGCUGCGGAGACAGCUGUUGCAGGCCCAGAAGCUGCGGCUGGCUCACAGCCGGGGACCCUACUACAGCGGCUCGCUGCCCAACGUCAACCAGAUCGGGAGCGGCGUCUCCGAAUUCCAGGGCCCCUUGCAUUCGCCGCUGGACUCGGCACGCAGCACCCGGCACCACGGCCUGGUGGAGCGAGUGCAACGAGACCCCCGGCGCAUGGUGUCUCCUCUGCGCCGCUACGUGCGCCACGUGGACAACUCGCCCUACAGCCCGGCCUACCUGUCGCCUCCCCCCGAGCCCAGCUGGAGAAGGACCAUGCCCUGGGGUAACUUUCCCAUGGAGAAAGGACACUUGUUUAGGCUGCCGUCGGCUCUCAACAGAACAAAUUCGGAUUCGGCGCUUCACACGAGUGUGAUGAACCCCAGCCAGCAGGACAUGUACUUGGGCCCCUCGCAGGGCGUCCCCCCUCCCAGUCGCAGGAGCGGUUUUCUGGACGGGGACAUGGACAGUAAAGUGUUUCUUUUCCAAGUGCCUCCCAUCGAGGAGAACUUCCUGGAUGACAACAAGCACUUACUGAAGCCCUGGGACACCAAGAAGCUCUCGUCGUCCUCGGCCAGGCCCAGAUCCUGCGAAGUCCCCGGGAUCCAUAUCUUUCCAUCCCCCGAUCAGCCUGCCAACGUCCCGCUCAUCCCCACCGCCCUGAACACGGGCGGUUCCCUCCCUGACCUCACCAGCCUGCACUUCCCCUCCCCACUGCCCACCCCCCUGGACCCCGACGAGUCGAACUACCCCAGCCUGAGCGGCGGGAGCAGCACCGGUAACCUGGCCAACACCAUGACGCACCUGGGCAUCAGCAGCAUGGGCCUGGGGACGGGCUACGGUUCCGCAGGACUUACCUCACCUAUGCAGAGCUCCCUGAGUAACCCCGCCCUGCAGUCCUCGCUUAGCAAUCCCAACCUGCAGGCCUCCCUGCGCCCCCAGUCGCUGAAUUCCUCCCUUAGCAACCCCUCCCUGCAGUCCUCCCAGAGCAGCUCCUCGCUCCCCUCCUCCCUCAGCACCCCUUCGCUCCCCUCCUCCCUCAGCACCCCCUCGCUCCCCUCCUCCCUCAGCAGCCAGUCCAUGCAGUCCUCGCCCAGCAACCCCAGCCUGCAGGCCAGCUUUAGCAGCUCCUCCUACUCCCCCCUGGUGCAGGCGUCCAUAAACACGUCGCCCCGCCGAAGGGCCCCGCUCAGCCCCCUCACCCUCCCAAUGGGCGGCGACUCGAGAAGGCAGCACCCCAAACAGUUCUCACCAACAAUGUCACCCACAUUGUCCUCCAUCACCCAGGGCGUGCCACUGGACACCAGCAAGCUGCCAGCCGACCAGAGGCUCCCGCCAUACCCCUACAACCAGCCCGGCCUGCUCAUGCAAUCCCAGCCGCCUCUGCAGCAAACCCAGAAGCCCCAGCACCAGCCUAUGCAGCCCCAGCACCAGACGCAGCCGGCCCGGCAGCAGCCGGCCCAGCAGCACAGCGCGCCCACGCAGCGGCCGUACCUCUCGCAGUACCAGCAUAAUUCCUCACUACAGCAGCAGCUCGGCCAGCCGCUGGGCGACUUCGGCCUGGGCAGCGUGAGUGCCGGCGCAGGCUGGGUCUCUGCUGGGGGGGCCCUGGCGCUUGCCCCCGGGGCGAUAGGAGCGGAGACCCUCGGGGGGCUGGGGAUUUCCUUCCAAGUUACCUGUAACGUAGCCAUUCAGCUGCCCUGGCCUGGCCCACCUGACCCCAGCUGUGUUCAGGCCACGCUCCUGGGGCCGUCCCAGCCCCCGGUUCCGGCCCUCCAAGCCGCUUCUGGAGUUUGCUCUUUGCCAUCUCUGGGCUGCUUCCCCCCAGUCUCUGGCCUCGCCCCCCAUCAGCGCUGGGAUCUCUGGGAGCCGUGACUAGCCUGCAGGGCUCCUUGGGGGUGGUUUGGUGGCACCAUCUCCAGCUCAGGGCAAGGGAGGUGGAGUGGGCAUGCACCAGCAGGGGGCGCAGGAUGGAGAUGUCUGUCACACCGGCUGCUGGCCCCACCGCGGGCGAUUCCUCGCCUGCCCCCUGCGGACCUAGACGCCGAGGAGUAGAGGAGACUGCCAGGUUGACUGGUCCCUGCAGCGGGUUCCUCUAAGUCAGUCUCCAACCUUUUUACGCCCAAGAUCACUUUUUGAAUUUAAGGGCAACCCAGGAUCUACCCCCCCCUUCCCCAAAGCCC